CUUUCCCACGAGUUAUCCCUCUGCCGCCGGCUGAAGGUUUUACAACGGAAACAAAAUAGGCAAACAGGGAUCGACCUUUGGAACACAUAAUUAACCAAACGGAAUCACGAGGUCCUGGGUGAGACAUGGCUGAUUGCUGAGUACCUGCCAGAGUGCUUCCCAGUGAUGGCACACCCUCCACCCGCACCUCAGUUCACCCUGCGAGGGUCAGGGGCCCAAGUCAACACCCUGCACUUCUGCUGCAAGGAUCCAGACCCCCCGCUGCUCUUCUCCGGCUCUUCCAAGGGGGCUGUCCACAUAUGGAACCUAACAACCAGACGAGCUGAGAGGGUUUUAGAAGGCCACGGAGGGGCAUCUGUGAUCUGGCUGAGCACGCUCAACUCAAGAAACACUCUCAUCAGUCAGGGCCGGGACAUGCAGGUGUGCACCUGGGACCUGAGCGGGGGCCGGUGCAGCGUGACGGACUCCUUCCUGACUGGCAGCGUGGGUUUCUGCCAGUGCUCCCUGCUGGAGACCCAGCCCGGCCGCUGGCUGCUAGCACACCCUGCGGCUGCCAUGGAGGAGGUGAGCAUUGUCGACGUGCCCAGCAAGACGCUGGUCUGUUCCCUGAAGGCCGACGCCAAUCGGGGGAUGCUGAUGUGCGUCAAACUGUGGCAGCCCGACUCAGGGCAGGGCCCGCUGCUGCUGGCGGGAUACGAGGACGGCUCACUCACCCUGUGGGACGUGUCCCAGAGGAAGCCACUCAGCCGCCUGGCCGCCCACCCCCAGCCCGUCAUGUGCUUCGACUUUGACCCCGUGAAGCUAAGAGGCAUCUCGGGCUCCUCGGAGAGAGCCGUCAUCUCCUGGACGCUUGACGGACAGCAGAGCCUCCAGCUGCAGGAUAGCGUUCAGCUGGUCAACGCGGGGGUCUCCCACCUGCGCAUCCGGGAGGACCGCAAGAUCGUGGCGUCGGCCGGCUGGGACCACCGCAUCCGCCUUUUCGGCUGGAAGAGGCUGAAGCCGCUGGCUGUCCUCCAGCACCACACGGACAUGGUGCUCUGCGUCGCCUUCUCCGACCAUCGGGACCCCUGCCGGAGAGUCAUGGCAGCCGGGUCCAAAGACCAGAGGAUUAGCCUCUGGUCAGUAUACAAUGAAGGCUAGGGGACAGUGCCAGAGUUGCGUCGAAGCUGAGAGACCCCUGACUAUGAUUUCAGCGCAUGCACACCUGCAAGCCCACAGGUCCCUUCACAAGGAGGUUCCAGAAUGAGCACCUGGUGGUUCAGCUGGAGUUUGCGAUAGAUGGCAAAAUGAUCACCUUUUACUCCAGUUUUCUCUCCAAACAGUACAAACCCUUCAGUUGGCUGUGUU